AUGGACUUUCUUUGGAGUUGUCUGUGUGUGCUGGUAAUACAACAUAUUGUGGUAGGAGUCAGGUAUGAUCCAACAUGGGAAUCUAUUGACUCCAGACCUUUACCACAGUGGUAUGACGAAGCUAAACUUGGUAUAUUUAUUCACUGGGGAGUUUUUUCAGUACCAAGUCUAAAUAAUGAAUGGUUUUGGUACAGAUGGAAACAUGACAAAAAUCCAGAAAUCGUGAACUUUAUGAAAAAUAACUACAGACCAGACUUUACCUAUCCCGAUUUCGCAUCUCAGUUUACAGCUGAGUUUUAUAACCCUGCUCAGUGGGCUGAUAUAUUCCAAGCUUCCGGAGCAGAGUAUGUUGUGUUGGUGAGCAAACAUCAUGAAGGGUUCACAAAUUGGCCAUCUAACUAUUCUUUUAAUUGGAACUCGAUGGCUGUUGGUCCGAAAAGGGAUUUGGUUGGUGAUCUUGCUAAAGCUAUUAGACAGAAUACCUCUAUACAUUUUGGCUUGUAUCAUUCUUUAUUUGAAUGGUAUAAUCCCUAUUACUUACAAGACAAAGCAAAUAAUUUCUCUACACAAUAUUUUGUAAAUGGUAAAACAAUGCCAGAAUUAUACGAAUUGGUAAAUAACUAUAAACCGGAAGUCAUUUGGUCUGAUGGAGAUUGGGAAGCUUCUAGUGAUUACUGGGAUUCUAAACAGUUUAUCGCCUGGUUGUAUAAUGACAGUCCAGUAAAAGAUACAGUAGUGACUAAUGAUAGAUGGGGUAAAGAUUCCACUUGUCAUCAUGGUGGAUAUUUAACCUGUCAAGAUAGAUAUCAACCAGGUGUUUUACAGAAAAGGAAAUGGGAAAAUGCCAUGACAAUAGAUAAAAAAUCUUGGGGUUUUAGACGUAACGCUGCUCUCGAUGAAUAUUUAACAACAGAUGAACUUAUUGAUACGUUUGUUGAAACUGUCAGCUGUGGAGGAAAUAUGUUGAUGAACGUAGGACCAACUAAAGAAGGAACUAUCAGGCCCAUAUUUGAAACCAGGUUAAGGGACGUGGGGUCAUGGUUAUCGGUUAAUGGAGAAGCUAUCAGAAGUUCAAAACCAUGGAUCUCUCAAAACGACACAAGUAACUCCAAGAGUUUGUACACCAUGAAAAACAGUGACGUAUACGCCAUAGUGCUUGACUGGCCAACAACUUCAACUCUCAGUCUGGGAGCACCAAAUCCUCAACCAGACACAACAGUGUCUUUACUGGGUUAUAAUGGUGGGACCUUUACCUGGAAAUCAAGACAAGGAGGUGGAAUGGAUAUCAUGAUACCGGCUAUUCCUGCAAAUAAGAUGCCUUGUCAAUGGGCCUGGGUGUUUAAACUUUCGGGUCUUUCUUAG